AUGGUCAAGUGGCACAUUGGUACAUACGCACGUUUACGGCCACCUCGGCGUGGACAUGAUUGUGCUACCUUUGAUCUUGAAAAGAUAGACGAUGGUCAAAAAAGCAAAACAAUAAUUGCAUUUCCUCCUCCAGACGAUGAUGAGUUUCGAAUGCACUUAAAGCAACGUGACGGGGUUGAGUUUCAAUUUCAUAAUGUAUUUGAUCCGACCAUUUCGCAAGAGCAAAUUUUCAACGAAGUCUGUCUCGAUAUUGUGCAUAGUGCGCUACACGGCUUUAAUGGUACUAUCUUAGCUUACGGACAGACUGGAUCAGGCAAGACGUAUACAAUUACGGGAGGCGAACACUACGCUGAUCGUGGCAUCAUUCCUCGUACACUUUCGACUAUUUUUGAGGAAUUCGAAAAACGACCAGAUAUGCGUUACUCCUGCUAUAUUUCCUAUCUUGAAAUUUACAAUGAAAAUGUCUACGACUUGUUGGAUCGGUCUCACACUGACACACCGAUCGAAGACUGGACUAAAGUGACACUUAUGGAUGAUGACGAGGGUGAUAUGCAUUUUCGAAAUCUUGGUGUUUUUGAAGCAGUGUCGGAGGAGGAGGCUCUGAAUCUUCUUUUUCUUGGAAAUAUGAACCGCAUUACGAGCGAUACGCCCAUGAAUCAGGCUUCGUCACGCUCGCAUUCCAUUUUCAGUGUCAUGAUUGAGUCUCGUCCAAUUGAUUCGGACGUGAUUGUCACAUCCAAGCUUCACUUGGUCGAUCUUGCGGGAUCAGAACGUGUAUACAAACGCGAGGGAACACAGCGUAUGCGUUCGGAAGGAAAGCACAUUAAUCUUUCUCUACACCAUCUCGAGAAGGUAAUUUUAUCGCUUCGGAGUAAACGUAAUACUGCGUCAAGAGCACAGCACAUUCCAUACCGGAAUUCAAUGCUUACGUCAGUUUUACGAGGUAGUUUGGGCGGCAACUGCAAGUCCGUCUUCAUCGCGACACUUAAUUAUGAGAAAGAUUUCUUAGAUGAAACGAUAUCAACUUGUCGCUUCAUGCAGCGUUGCUCCGAGGUGGCUGUAGAUGUUGCCGUCAACACUGAAGUCGAUGCUGAAAAGCGCUUAGCCACAGUUGAAAAAAUCAACGCUGAGCUUGAGACAAGAAAUCUGGAGCUUCAGCUACAAGUAGUACAACUGGAGAAAAAUUUAAACGAUCAAGCGCUUCAUCUUGCCAAGCAGGAACAGCAAUGGGGGCGACGUCUAACAUUAGCACAAGGAGAGACUCAAGUGGCUUUGGCUACAGCAAAGUCUGCACAAGAUACACGAGUCCAAGAGGAGAAGAAGAUUGACUGGAUACAGUGUGAGGAACUCGUUGAAAGAUUGCUCCUCGCUGGUGAUUUACCUCGCGAGGAACUUGACAAGCCAAGAAGUGAAGGAGAAUUGGAAGAACCACGCCUUCUUCAUGAAGCGAUAGUAGAAGGAAUAAGGGAAUCGGGAAUGGCCACAGCUCUUGGAUGUCUAGUUGUCUUAAAAGAGAAUUCAUUACUUGCCUCGAAUACGACAGCAGAACUUCAGAAUACUGUGACAAAGCAAAAUGAAACGGUUGAGGCACUCGAGCAACGAUUAAUCGAGCAGAAGCACGAAGUUGAAGCGUUGAAAGACCAAAUUCAAGCCAUUUCUGAAUCCAAAUGCAAUGGAGAGCAGAACCAAACGAUUCGCCGCGCAGAAUCUUUUCGGAAGCGUCAUGUACCUCGAUCACCAACGUCUGAAUGUCGUUUAGAUAGCGAUAGUGAGAACGACACAGAGGCUUCCGGAACUCACGAAUAUGCUCGUCCGUCUGUCUCUCGAUUGCAAAGUUUAGCGCUUAAGCCCGAAGCUAGCAAUUUGAGUGUCUUGGAGCAGACUUUACAUGAUAGUGGCAAGCAGAUAAUCGUUCGGGGUGCUGUUUCGACAUUGGACGACGUCGAAACCCGACUUCCUCGGAAAUCUGGCAGUGAAACGAUCAGGAAACGUAUGCAACUCUUACGUAAUGGAGGCUUGUUCGUGAAAUACGGACGUUAUGGGAAGCCCCACGUGCGUUUUGUAUGGUGUUCUGCUAAUCUCGAGUUUCUUCAGUAUCGCCAAGUAAACAGCACUGUUCCAAAAGCGACCAUUCCAAUGCGUUCCAUCGCAGGGAUCUGUGUGGGUCAGAGAACGCGUGUAUUUGAGCGGGCGAAACAACCAGCUCGUGCAUUAUACUGCUUCUCGGUCGAGUACGAAGAGAAUCGCACACUUGAUCUGGAGAUUGUAGACGGUGAAAGCGUAGAAGCUAAAACGGCAAAACGGUGCGAAUGGGUUGAAGCGCUCAAGUUUGUCGUGGCCUCUCGUCUCGGAUUGGUGCUUAUCUAUCUCUUGUCCUUUGUGGCGGCAGAUAACCAGCCCAGUAGUGUAACGAGUACGGACAAUGUCGACGACAAGGACAUGAUUUCAAUACUUUCUAGCGGUACCAAUAAUAAUGCGAUCAAUGCCAAGAACAACACCAUUAUCGUAUCAAACAGUACGAUCUACCUUUCAAUGGCCGAUCGCGUUCAGCUUGCGCAAACUAUCAAAGAUAUGUUAGAAAAUGAUCCUGAAGCUGGUGAAGCUGCGAAAUUGAGUACUGACGACCUGUUUGAUUUGUUGACGCGCAUCUCAAGAACUCCGAGCCUUCUGUCAAAUGCUGACAGAAUCAUUUCUGCGGCGAGAAACGGAAACACAAGCGUGAUAGCUGGUCUUGUCGUUCAUUUGUUGGCUGCUGAACGCCCCACUGUGACUUCAACACCAGCUCGAAUUCCUCCGAACCUUCCUCUGAGCAAUCCUGUCGUGUCUCCAGUCAUUGUUCCUUCCACUGCUUCUGCUGCAGUUCUUCCUGUCACUUCAAGUUAA